CUUCUUUUUAACAGUAUUUGACUUAUACAUUAUUUGUCCUUAGAAGUUACAUUUAUACUUAACGAGAGUUAUUAAGGUCAAGAUAUGAAUAUAUAAAGGUCCAGUAUGGUCCCAGAUGUGACAAGGUUUCAGACUGGUACAGAAUUUUGAAGAUCUUCCAAAGAAGUAGAGAUUAGGAAGAAAGAAAAAGAACUUAAACUGGCUAUUUAGCUGAUUCACAUUCUCAGGCAUUGAGAGUCUCAGCCAUGUCAGACUCAUUUUCUACUGCUAUUUAUAAGGGAAGACAAUGUAGAUCUAUCAGUAGGUCAAGGUCAAGAAGUAGGUCACCAAUUAACAACAUGAGAAGGAACAUGUCACAAGAUGAUAUUAGCUCAUCUGAUGAUUCUAGUAGAAGUAGGUCACCAGUUUGGAACAGAAGAACAAGGUCAUCAGACAGCAGUAGCUCAUCUGAUGGUUCUAGUAGAAGCAGGUCACCAGUUUGGAAGAGAAGAGACAGAUCAUCAAACUGCAGAUCUAAAAGCAGGUCACCAACUUGCAAUUCAAGAAGGAGCACAUCACCAGAUUGUUGGUCAAGAAGGAGGUCUUGCAGAUCUAAAAGCAGGUCACCAACUUACAAUUCAAGGAGGAGCAUAUCACCAGAUCAUCGGUCAAGAAGUAGGUCUCCAUGUUAUUGGAGAAGGAGAAAUUCGCCUGUGUUCUCUCCAUGGAAUAGUAGGUCCAACAACACAAAUAAUUUCACAGGUAUUAGACCUCAAUGGGGCAGAUUUUCAAGUAGCAGAUACAGAAGGAGUUUAUCACCAGCUGACCGAUCCAGGAGAUCUAGAUCAAGAUCUUUCACCAAUAGGAGAAGCAGGUCUCCUGUUAAUAGAUCUUUCAGUUACAGAAAUAGGAACAGAUCACCGAGGUAUAGACAAAUGAUUCAGUCACCAAGUUACAGAAACAGAUCACCACAUUACAGUCAAAGAAACCAGUCACCAAGUUACAGACAAAGAAGCAGGACCCCAUUAACAGAUUCAAGUGAUUCUGACAGUUCUGUUUAACAAUGUACCUGUAAUUGAUAUCAGAAUUUUAUUUUUUUAUUAGCCCACCUGGCCCAAAGGGCCAAGUGAGCUUUUCCCAUCACUUGGCGUCCGGCGUCCGUCAUCCGGCGUCCGUCGUCGUCGUCCGUCUUCGUUAACUUUUACAAAAAUCUUCUCCUCUGAAACUAAUGGGCCAAAUGAAACCAAACUUGGCCACAAUCAUCAUUGGAGUAUCUAGUUUUAAAAAUGUGUGGCGUGACCUGCCAAACCAAACAAGAUGGCCGCCAUGGCUAAAAAUAGAACAUAGGGGUAAAAUGCAGUUUUUGGCUUAUAACUCAAAAACCAAAGCAUUUAGAGCAAAUCUGACAUGGGGUGAAAUUGUUUAUCAGGUCAAGAUCUACCUGCUUUAAAAUUUUCAGAUGAGUCGUACAGUCCGUUGUUGGGUUGCUGCCCCU